AGAGGAACGUUUCCCAUCACGUUGUAUUUUGUAAUUCCCCACAGAUAUGUGUGCGCUAAGUAUAGCAUUAUAAUUAAAUACCCAAUGUUUAAUUUCUUUCAGACGGAUCAGGCUUUUUCCUUAUUUCCUUCCAUGGAGACGGGGAUCAUGGCGUUUCUGCACCCCCCUCCGAUCUCUAAUUAUGGAGAAACUAUGUAACCAAAUAGAAGGCUGCGCACGAGAUAAACAUUAGAAUAAAAAGAGCGCUUUUAUUUUCCUUAUGACAAAAUGUCGGUGGCGUUUUCAUCGGCGCGCCCCAGGAGUAAAGGGGAGGUGACACAGCAGAACAUACAAAAGAUGCUGGAUGAAAAUCAUCAUUUAAUACAAUGUAUUAUGGAUUACCAAAGCAAAGGCAAGACAGCUGAAUGCACACAGUAUCAGCAGAUCCUGCACAGGAAUCUGGUUUACCUGGCCACAAUAGCUGAUUCUAAUCAGAACAUCCAGUCACUCCUGCCUGCACCUCCCAGUUCCAACAUGUCUGUGGGUGCUGGUGGAGGACAUGCUCCAAGCAACCUCAAUGACAACAUGACACCAGGACUGCCCCCCACGUCCACGAUGCAGAGCCAAAUAAACAAUGGCCCCAGCCAUGCCCCCAUGCAGUCUGGUCACCAUCAGUCGGCUGUUCCCUCCACCAGCAGCUUUGGUGGCUCAGUCUCCAGCUACAACCACGCAAUGCCCCCCUCUCAGGGCAGCAUGAUCCAGGGCCCUGGACCUGUUCAUGGUUCCCCUUCCUCUUCCACCUCCUCUUCCUCUUUCUCAUCCUCCCGCAGCAACCUCAACAUGCAGUCUAGCCAAGUCUCCAUGAUGCACCAACAAUCUGCUCCUCCACACUACUCAUCAGCCCAGUCUGGGGGACAACACUAUCAGGGACAGCAGGCGAUGGGCAUGAUGGGUCAGGGUAAUCAAGGAAACAGCAUGAUGUCCCAGAGGGCUAUGGGAUCCUACCGCUCAUCUCAGCAAGGAUCCGCCCAACACUACAUGGGACAAGACGAGUUCUACGGAGACCAGUAUGGACACACUCAGAGCUCCAGAGAUCCAGUAAACCAGCAGUAUUAUGCUGAUGGUCACGGGGAGUACUCCUAUCAGCAGCCUGCAUAUAGUGAACAAGGCUACGACAGGUCGUUUGAUGAGUCUUCACAGCAUUAUUAUGAAGGAGGUAACUCUCAGUAUGGCCAGCAGCAGGCCUCGUACCAACAGAGCUCUGGCCAGCAGCAGCCCUUCAGCCAACCACAGUACUCCUCUCAGCAAGGCUACAGCAGCCAGGCACCAGGAUACGGUCCUGGGCAGGGAGGAUCGUCUCAGUUUUCUCAGUAUCAGCAGGGUCAGAACCAUCAGUUUGGAUCUUACCGCUCUACCCAAGGAGGCCCAACAGGGCAAACUCAGAGGCCCUACGCUUACGAGCAGGGUCAUUAUGGGAAUUAUCCACAAUAAGGCACCUCGUUGUUGAUCGCAGAGGAAAAUGUGAUGUGACACCGUUUUCGUGCUCAUCAUAUGGAAGAGAAGAUCUCUGUGCAUUAGAUCAACUUUCUAGUAUGUCAGUAUUCCAAUCAAGAUGAUCUAAUAAAUGUGAUGCUUCCGUCCUCAUGGCGACUUUCUAGCUGGUAGUUGAGAACAGAAAAUGCCACUUCUCACUUAAAAAUCAGGGUACUUGAAGAAUCAGGACAGUUAAUCUGCAUUAAGAAUGAAAUAGACUGCUACAAAUCCGACUUUUAUUCAUUAUGUGUGUCAGCCACCAAGAGAAGUGUGCUCUGUUCUUUUGGCUUUGCCUUUCAAAUGUUCUGCCUUCAGUGCUUUAUUGACAAGCCGCUUUGUUACUCUUGUUUUGUUUUAUCUCGUGCACAAGGCAGGAUGUUAAAAGCAAGGCUAUAGAAAGUCAAUUAGCCUUGGAGGAAAUGUUCUUUGGCAUUCUUAAGCCUAUAGUCCAGCUCUUGCAUUAUCCUGUAGAGAUACUCUUUAAUCUCAUGACAGGAGAAACGAAUGGCACCGAGAUGAAACUGUUAUUCCUUAAACCUGAUGGGAUUUGUCUGUGUUCGUCAAACUGUGACGUGAUGCUGUGAGGUCUAACAUUAAGUGUAUUCACUUUCUACAUUUGUCAUAGGCCUAAUGCAUAGCCGACUGAUAUGAUAUGACUGUAUAUCAUUGUCCGUGGUUAGCCUACAAUGUUGUAGUAUUGUUGACACUAUGUUUUAUUGCAGCAUUCCUCUGCAGCAACAUAUUCCUCCUGCACAGGUGACAAAACAUAUUUUACACAAUUUUACUUUCUCAGCACUUUGUUUUGUAGCAGUUGUGCACAUACUGUCUGAUAUUUAGUUUUUUUUUUCUAUUUUAAAUAAGUUAUUCUCAAAAAGCCAAAGUAACCCAGGAACAGAGCAGGACCACGUCUUUCACCUCUUCUUUAAUAAGUGCAAUAGACCCAGUCUGUUAUAUUGAAGGUAGCUGUAAUGGUGAAUACUUGUGAUUGUGGCUACAGUUUGUUGGUGCACAGUAAAGGCGAAGGGAAAGUUUGGUUUGUCUCAGAUUUAUGUGUUUACAUCUUUUCAACAGAUGUACUAUUUAAGGACAUUUUGUAUUUGUUUAUGUAACUAAUGGUUAGACUGUGUGAAGUUUGUUGUCAAAAACAGAAAACUUUAUUUUAAUUUUAAUUAAAAACAUUUUAUCAACAUACGUGACAUCCAGUGAAGCAAAUAUGGUUUGGAUUAAAACAAAUGCUGCCGUAUCCAUCCAUCUGCCCAUCCAUUAUCAGCAUGCAUCAUUGUUGAAUCAUUGUUUUCAUUCAUUUAUUUUAAAUUAACAAACAAUACAGACAACACCUCAAAGUUGCUGUUUCUUACAUUUGAAUCAGAAGUAUUAUGUGUACGUUGAUCUUUGCAGUAUUCUCUUGAAACUCAACUUACCUCAGAGUGUAGAACGACACAAUUAUUGCAGUAAUUUAUCAGGGUUAAUCGAGAAUGGGAAAUACGUGGCUGUAAAACAGCUGAGUAACUAUACCACCCAACACUGACAAUCACAGGCUUCUUAUGCUGUAACAAACUGUUUUUGUUGUCUCAUGUUACUGUGGUCUAAACAUUAAUGACAAAUCUUUUCCAGAUCUGUUGCGUCUUCACUCUCGAGUGCUACACUGUGUGUGUGUGUGUGUGUGUGUGUGUGUGUGUGUGUGUGUGUGUGUGUGUGUGUGUGUGUGUGUGUGUGUUAUUGUUUGUUAAAAAGCAUAGAGUUGGAUGUGCAUAAUCUACAUGUGAAUGUUAUUGACUUAUCUACUGUGUGACUGCAUCGCCUGAUCUUUUUCU